UGUUUGCAAAGAAACAAACAGAAAAUGGAAACGGCGACAACGAAAAUAACGAAAACAAAAACAAAAACAAGAUUAACAUAGGCCGGUUCUUCUUCUUCUUCUUCUUCUUUCGCUGCUGCUUCUCCUUCUUUGUCUAAACAAUAGCAUCUUUACACACGGAAGAAGAAGAUUCUGUGUUUCUUUGUUUUUCUUUCUUCAAUCUCGAUCUUCCACUGUUAUUCAUAUUAUUUUUUAAUAUAUUAUUAUAUUCGUAAAAGAACUGAAGAGCACAGCUAAGAGAGAGACAAAGAAAGGGACUUGAGAGAAGGAAAAAAAUCAUUUUCUUAUCAUCCUUUUGAAUCUCUUCCAUGGAGCAGCUUGUCAACUUUAUAAUUCGGCCACCCAGAGCUGAAUACCAUCCAGACCAUGAUUUGUUGGAUCAAGAGUUCAUGCUGAAAGGGAAGUGGUACCAAAGAAAGGAUGUAGAGGUUAAAAACAGUCGAGGGGAUGUUCUAAAAUGUAGUCACUAUGUGCCAAUUGUUAGUCCUGAAGGAAAGCCUCUACCCUGUGUUAUUUACUGUCAUGGAAACAGUGGUUGCAGGGCUGAUGCUAGUGAAGCUGCUAUAAUAUUGCUGCCUUCAAAUAUUUCAGUUUUCACCCUUGAUUUCUCAGGAUCUGGACUCUCUGGAGGAGAACAUGUCACUUUAGGGUGGAAUGAAAAGGAUGAUCUGAAAGCCGCGGUAGAUUUUUUGCGGGCAGAUGGAAAUGUCUCUUUAAUUGGCUUGUGGGGUCGUUCAAUGGGUGCUGUCACUAGCCUAUUGUAUGGAGCAGAAGAUCCUUCUAUCGCAGGAAUGGUUCUCGACAGCCCUUUCUCUGAUUUGGUUGACCUGAUGAUGGAACUUGUGGAUACCUAUAAGAUUCGGUUACCGAAAUUCACUGUAAAGUUUGCAAUCCAAUUCAUGCGAAAGGCUAUCCAGAAAAAAGCGAAGUUUGACAUAACAGACCUGAAUACUACUAAGGUGGCAAAAUCUUGCUUUGUUCCAGCUUUAUUUGGGCAUGCAGUUGAAGAUGAUUUUAUACAACCUCAUCACUCAGACCGUAUAUUUGAAGUUUAUGCAGGAGACAAGAAUAUUAUCAAAUUUGAGGGAGAUCACAACUCUCCACGCCCACAAUUUUACUUCGAUUCUAUAAAUAUUUUUUUUCAUAAUGUCUUGCAACCACCAGAGGAUGAGGUGGGGACAACACUUUUUGGUGCAAUGCAUGAUUACAUCGGUAAGGGUAGUUGGAAUACCAUGCAAGAAUUAGAUUUUUACCCAGGAACUUCAACAGCAUCUAGAGUUCCGGAACCAGUGACAAGCAGCACAGUAGAUGCCAUCAAACAAGUUCGUUCUAGAAGACCAAUGAGCCGGACCGAGGUUAGUACUUUACUGAACUGUGACAAUUUGACACCUAUUUGUGAGGAUGAAGAAACUAAUGAUAAAAAUUGCCCAUCAUCAUCCAACAUGAUUAGCUUCGAAUUUUCCAAUGGUCAUCCAUAUGGCCCUCAUGUCCCAACAACAAUGGAUGAGGAUCAGUAUGUGGAAUAUCAACUUGAAGACUUGACAGGUUUCCCAAGCAAUGUAGAGGAGGAAGAAAGGAUGUUCAUGGAAGCGGUGAUUAUGUCAUUAAAGGACUUGGAGAUGCGACAUCCCGAAGCAGAACAACCAACCUCUGCAACCACUGAUUCUGAGUCUUUACAAAAAGAUGACCUAAAAGAUUGCUCCCCCACAGAAGAUUCUAAAUCUUCAAAGGCUACUGCUUUAGUUUCGGUAGAUGAUUUGAAGCCUGUAAAGACAGAAUCCACUUCUACUACAGUACUAAAUGGCCAUGAUUCAGCUUCCCAUCACCCGUCUCCUGAUACAAGCAUCUCAUCAGGUGGGCUUGCAUUUGAUACUCCUCCAUCUGCCAUAGAAACACCAAGCACAGGAACAUCUGCUCGAAGUGAUACUACUUCAGCAAGUGUGGCAUCUGAUGCUGAUGUGUCAAGUAAUACAAAAGCCACAUUGACAGUGGUAAGAAACCCAGCAGGGCACAUAAUGGAUGGUUUGAUGCGACGUUGGGAUCUCAACUUUUUUCGAAACAGUCGAUAGAAAUCAAAAUGAUGUUUUCGUAAAUUCAGUCAGAUGAUGUAUUGUUUUGUAACUAAGAUAGUUUCAGGGAUUGUAGUGAUGUAAAAUGAUUAAUCAAAAAGAAAGAAAUAGGUUCUGUGAAUGUGUUUAAAAACUGAAGUACAGUGGUUUUUAUUUUCACACUUGUAAAAGGGAUGUAAUGAUUUUUUUGACACCCUCAUUGAGGGCAACAAUAUUUCA